CGGUACCGAAUUCUACCAAUUUUCAGCCCUCGGGCUGGAAAGAAUUUCAACUAAAUCCUUCCCUCCCUGCCAACUGACUUCGGCGACCGAACAAACUCUUAAUUGUUUAUUGUUACCAUUAUUGUUACCCAACUUUAAUACCAAAUAUACCACUUUAUCGUGAUAGUGAUACGAUAUGAGAAGUUAUCUUUUUCAAAUUUUUUAUCACCAAGUUCGAGCAACGUUGAGAUCUCACCACGAUCGGUAUGGUCGUUUUUGAAAAGUUUUCUCGCAUCGAGAAAGUAAAGUUGAAUUAAAAAUCGGUGGGAAAUAUUUUCGUGAUAUUGAAUCCAAUCGAAGAUUGUUUGUUGAAAACGUCAGUGACGCGGGGAGUUUAAAGCUCAACGAUAAUUGACAAGUGAAAGUGAUUUCGUGCACAGAGUGAUCGAGCAAGUGGCGCAAGUUUGUGAUCAAUUUUAAGUGUUGUGUGAUCUCAUUGCCUAAACGGAUUUUUCAUGGAUUUUUACCACUGAUUCCACGAAAACAAAUUGCAACGAAGGAACGAUCGAUCGAGGGAGGAGAAGAAUGCUCCUGGCUUUGGCGAGAAGAACCUUCUCGGAGAUCUCACCAACAUCGCGAAUGCUUAGCUUUUGCCCUUGGCAAUACUGAUCCAGAAAAAAGAAGUGAAGUGUGUGGUGUGAAAAUACACUUUGCGCGAGUGAUAUGUGAUAUAGAUAUAGAUAUAGAUACUAAUAGGCCUAUGCUAUCGCAUGUGCGACUUCCUGGACGGCAAGCUGGACACAGAAAACCGUCAUCACGGCGUUCAACAUGUUCAAGAUGUGGAGUGCGAUCAGUUCCAAACUGGAACACUCCGCGACCUCCUCCGCAUCGCCAAUACCUCUAACAUCACAUGCACCGCAAACGCCGCACACCUCGUCUGGGAGUAUCAAAGAAGACUGCAGCACGAUUUUUUAAAAUUAAAACGAGGUAAAAAAAGCUAUCAAGGGAACUUGACGUAUGGCUUAAUAUGCUGAAUGAAGUGAAUCGCGCCUUGGGACGUUGGUGGUACGACAAUGACGUUUUGGUGAAGCGUAAAUGGAGACUAAUCUGUCCGUGUUUAGUGGGCCUACUUGGGGCGCAGACAGCACCAGCCCUCACUCACUGGAGUCGAGUACAGGACAACCGUCUCAGAGCGGAAGUCCUGAAAAUUCCGCUCUGGAUGAUCGAAGGGCCCAAGUCAAUUCAAUACGAGCCCAGAUCGAGAUAAUACCCUGCAAAGUUUGCGGCGACAAAAGUAGUGGAGUGCAUUAUGGUGUAAUCACCUGCGAGGGAUGCAAAGGAUUCUUCAGGCGAUCCCAGUCGUCGGUUGUCAACUACCAAUGCCCGAGGAACAAAAAUUGUGUAGUAGAUCGUGUCAACAGAAACCGGUGCCAGUACUGCCGGCUUCAAAAGUGCCUGCGACUGGGCAUGUCCCGAGAUGCUGUAAAAUUCGGACGAAUGUCGAAGAAGCAGAGGGAGAAGGUAGAAGACGAGGUUAGAUUCCACAGGGCGCAGAUGAGGGCAGCAUCAGAGACAGCUCCAGAUAGCAGCGUUUUUGAGCAUCAAACACCCAGCAGUUCAGAUCAACAUCACACCUACAAUGGCGGUUACGCUUACGGUGGCAGCGAAUACGCCUCCCCCGGUCCUGGUACCGGCAAUUCGGGUUAUUAUCAUGGAGCGAUGACCAGUUAUGAGCUUAGUGCCGACUAUGUUGAUAGCACGACGGCCUACGAUCCUCGACCAACACAGACUCAAGUCGAUUCGGUCGCACCAGAUACUCCUUCUAUCAAUGCGGCUGGAGUUAUUCCCAACGUGGUUACCUCUGGAAAAUCUCUGUCUGCUUCGACGACCGGAAGCGGCGCAGGAGGUGGUGGUAGCGGUGGUGGAACUGGUAAUGGAGGGGGUAACGGUGGAGGGGGUGGAGGUACUGUUAGUGGCGCAGGUGGUGGUUCUUUGAGCGGUGGAGGAAUCGUGGCUGUCAAACAAGAAACCACAGUCGAGAUGGCCAGCCUCGGUCAUGGUUCCUACACCUCUAUGGUUGACUCGACGACCUUUCUGAGCAGCCAACAGCAGAGGGUCAACAAUCCUCCAGAUGACGACGAAGUCCCCAAUCCAGCACAAAUUAACGCAAUACUCAUAAAAACGAUAACGGAUGCGUAUACAAGAUCGUGGUACAGCACUACGGAACUAAUUCAGGAAGCCUUUCGCAGAUCUCCUGAUAUGCACAAGAUGAUGUUCCACAAAAAUAUGACCCACGAGGAACUUUGGCUAGAGAGUGCUCAGAAAUUAACUACGGCUAUCCAGCAUAUUAUUGAGUUUGCAAAGAUGGUUCCAGGUUUUAUGAAAUUCGGACAGGACGAUCAGAUCGUUCUUCUCAAAGCCAGUGCAUUCGAGUUGGCGGUGUUGCGCAUGAGCAAGUGCCUCGACCUGCAGCGUAAUACCGUUCUAUACGGUGACAUAAUGCUGGGUGAAGAUGCGUUUUACACGACUGAUCCACAGGAACAGAAGUUAGUUGCUAAGGUCUUUGAAGUCGCCAGGAGUGUGGCGGAUCUAAAACUAACAGACGUAGAACUUGCGCUCUACAGUACUGCCGUCUUAGUUAAUCCUGAACGGCAUGGAUUGAAAGCAAUACGGGAAAUCAAGAACCUCUAUGAUAUGGUUGUACGGGCGUUAAGAGCCGAGUUGGAGGUAAGUCAUAUGUCACCAAUCAAGGGUGAUGUUACGGUGUGUGACGCGAUGCUCGGGAAAAUGCCCGAAUUAAAGGAACUCUCGGAAAUGCAUAUGGCCGCCUUAGCGCAAUUUAAGCGGCAGCAACCUCGUCUCGAAUUUCCGGCCCUCCACAAAGAGCUGUUCAGCAGCGACAGCUGAACAAAUGAUACAGCGCAGGGCGACCCAACGCUGACAGAGGACGCUGAACGCGAGUGAUCCGGGGCCUUGCUCUGUCAAGAUUAUUUUCUUCGUAAUGAACGUAUUGGGCCUUAAAUAAACAUAAUAUUGUUAUAUAAAGUAUAUAUAAAGUAUACAUAAAAGCAACAUAAAGUAUAUACCUAUGAAAGAUAUAUGUAUAUCUAUAUAUAUGUAUGUGCAUAUAUUAUAUAUAUAUAGAAUUAUAUAUACUAUAUAUAGAAUUAUAAUAUAAAUAUAAGAUAUAUAUAUAGAUGAGCUAUCGGUUGUUAUGAUACAUACAUAAAGAUUAUAUUAUUGACUAAUAUGUUUAUAAAUCACGCUAGGUCGGUCUCAGAACGAUGAAAUUAAUAAGCUUGAUUUAAGAAACCUGAUUAUUCCGAUUGCAUGAACCGUGCGUGAAAACCAGUGGAGGUACAAGUACAAAAAAUGUGCGAAAGCUACUGAGCAGAGUAAUAUUGUUCGAGAAACUUCAUUGAUUGCGAGCGUCAAUUAGUGAUUGUACUUUAGAUUUUAAUGCUCGCGAUCACUGGAAUUACUGGCAAAAUAUGGCCGAUUAUAGCGGCGUAACCAGGUUUCUACCUUUGAAAAGGGUCAGGCGGUAAAAGCGUAAAAACGAUUUUGUCCCAGAACCGCUCGUAUAUGUAGUUAGUCUUAAUUAAAAAGUGGAAUAAUGUUUUGUUUAACGCACUCCCUAUGCGCUUUUUAAUACGUAAAUAUUACUUCCUGCGAACCCUACUUGCGAAAACGCUUCGAUUCGUUUUCUGCGCAACACAACCGAAAAUUCGUCCACCCGAUUUUUACUCUACGAACACGAAUGCCUAUUUUAUCGAACGAUACUUUUGUGCGAUUUUUAUUGUUCUUUGUUUUUUACUGUGUAAGACUAUGAGAUUUAUAAUGAAGCGCAAUACUCGCAAGAAACUGGCAUCUUUUUUUUUUGGAACCCACUAGUGCAUUUCUUUAUUAACAUGUUUAAUUUUAUCAUACGCAAAAAUACUAUUUUAGAAAUUAAUCUCAUUUGCGACGUGCUAUGAACGAGAGCGAUUUCUCAGACCUUCUACACCGCUGUGAUAUUUAAGAACAUCUGAUAGUUUCAUCUCGAAUUUUCAUGAAGAUGGUUUCUUCUAACUGCUCUUUUCAUUCCCCUGUGGGCAUCCGGACAUUAUAAACAAGUCCUUAGAAUGUUCCUCUAUGUCCCGAGACUUGCUGUCUUUAAGACAUUCUUUGAAUCUUGUCAAGUCUUUCAAAGGUCCUCAUGACGCCCGGCAAUAGAUGUCUAGAGGACCUUAAGGUCGAUUUCGAAUGCAGCGACUAAAACCACUCUCACAAGUUUCUUGAGAAGAGUAUCGGUCUGCUUAUUGUUAUUGUAAAAUCAACCAAUCACAAAUCCGUACUUAUUUGAUGCAAAACAUAAAUAAAGUCCCAAUUUCUUAGCCGGGCAUAUUAGCUGAUCCACAUGACCACAUGACUAUCCCUUCAGGUCAUAUGUAAUUAGUGAUAGUCGCAUUCGAAAUCCAACUUUACACCUGGGCAUUCUAAAGACGUCGAAUGUACCUCCAUAUCCUUUGACUUGAUGUCUUUCAGACAUUCUUUGGAUCUUUUGAUGUUUUUAAAUAGUCCUUAAGACCAGCGGAAAAAUACGUCUAUAAGACAACCUGAAGACUUGUGUGCCCACUUAAUUGCCAGCACGAAAAAAGUGCUUGCAAUGAAUUCGAUAGAAAUUAGCAUCGAGUUUAUUGAACUAGCCAGAAAACGAGUCGCACGCGACUAUAAUCUCUCAACAAAACUACAUACGUAAAUAUCCUCAUCCUCAUUCUAACGAAAAACGGAAAAUGGUCGGAAAUAAAUACUGGAAGUAAUGUUUGCACGUACGUACAAAAAAGAUAAUUAGCUAGGGAUUAUCGUUGUGUAGAUACAAGAGUGCUGCGAACUGAUACGUUAACAAUGGAAGAAACGACGUGAAUAUUAUUACCUUAUUGAUUAACGAUUAAAUAAAUAGAGUUCAUUUACCUGUAGAAAGUACACGACACUAGCGGUCGCACGAACGCGCGCGAAGAAAAUACAUGGAAUGUAUGAUAACACACACACACACACACACACAUUGCAACUAGGAGUUAUUAUCGCAAUUUGCAGUUAAAUUUUAUAAUAUAUAAAUAAACGAAAGUUGACGGAUAAUAUAGGAGGUGACCGUUCACGAAGACUACGUAAAAAUCUCCUUGUCUUUUUAUACAAGUCUGUUUUUUCUUAAUAAAAAAAUCUAUCACCUUUACAUUCUUUCAAACUCUCCAAUAAUCCAUUGAUCACGUAGUUAUCGAAGAUGGUCGUCUCCUGUGCAUCUUUAAGAUUACGAUACAUAUUCGUAAAGCGUUAUUUAUAUUGUUACGGCCUUCGCGAUGGUCCCUAGGAUUACCUUCGAAUGAAAAUGAAUGACAAAAGAAGGAAUCUGUAGAAGAUCGUGAUGCUAUCUGUUGUGUUCGACUAAAUUUAAGUCAACAAUCUUCUCAAAAGUUUAGCGAAUUAUGCGGAGUUGAAAAUAUAUGGAAUCGUUGCAUGAAAUCGCUGCUGCAAGCAUAUCUGAAAAGUCAUAAUACUUUUUUUCAUCCAAAAUCUACUUAGUAUUGAAAAAUAUCAAAGCUGUUGAUCGUUUUUUUUUAACAAAUUAUAAAAUUUUGAAUUACAAUUUAAAAACUCGGACCUGAAGAUGGAAAUAACAUCUUCCAAAAAAUAUUCAGUAUUAAAAGAUAUAAAAUUUAUUGUCCGUCUUUUUCCAUAUCAUGCAGUGAUUCUACUUUGAGAUGAACAUAAAAAAUAAAUUAAAUGAGAGGACAAACGGGAAAUCAGAUUUAAGUCCCGUGACAUAAAUGGAGGUUCGUUUUCAUACACGUAACAUUACGUAGUAUACGUUAUUGUAUAUAGUCAAGAACUCCCCAGAUGGUAAAAUUCAUUGUUUCGUUUGACUAAAAAUAAAAUUGUUUGUAAAUAUCUUGUAAAGUCUCUGUAAUUUUAAUCAAUUGAUUGUCUUUUUUUCUCAAUUAACUGUUGAAUUUUAACAUAGAAAUGUUAACAACUAUUCCAUAAACUCUUUAAAUUAAUAAUUGCUAUUAACGUUUUACACAAUUGUAUUCACUUAUAUUAGACUAAUUGUUUAUAUUUUGGAGAGAGAGAGAGAGAGUCGCUCCAAUAGGAAAUUUAGUUGUCUGUUUCCUGUUUACAAACUAGGAAGUUGACAUAUAAUAUGUCUUUACAUUGUGAUUUAUAAGUAACCCAUUUACGAUUAUGAAUCCGAACCUGAAAAGGUGCAAAACAAAAUACCAACAUUGUGUUCUCUUUCUCAUCGCAGUGAAUGUUAGCGGUUGCCGAAAGACUCACGCGACACACUUGUGCUUAAUAAAAGCUCAUAUGCACACUCUAAAAAAUUUCUGUUGUAAACUUCCAACACAGUAAUGGAAGUUUUUUACAAAAUCCAAUGUAAUUUUAAAAUACAUGAUGUAUUGUAAUUUCGCAAUCGAAACUGGCGCUACUAUACAGCGGCGCAUGCGUGCAACUUUCAACUUUACAAUACCCGUAUUGUAAUCUCAAAGAAUUCCAUGGCAAAUAUUGUGAUUUCACUUUACAAUCUCGAUUGUAAUUUGACAUUACAUGUUGUAAAGUGUUGUAAAAUUACAAAGAUUUUUUCAGUGCACAGGUAAACACAGACACAAUACACGUACACUUAAAAUUACAUGAUACAGUACCUGCUGUGGUUGUAGGAUAUGUAGGAAAGGGAGGAGGGAGUGAGCAAAAUUAUUUUAAAUGUAUUUAUUGUGCACGCGAACGGCAUUCUGGCAAUUGAUAAAUAGAAAUGUCCGGAGCCAAAAAAAAAAACAACAUAAAAAAGCGCGCGAAGCGUGCAAAAGUGCAGGAGAUUCACAUCUUGCACAUAAAUAUUAGUAAAAUAAAGUAAUGACUUAAUGUAAGCGAGUUAAGAGUAUAUAAAGAUAAAGAGCUGGGACCAUCGAAUCGGCCGGGCGAGAAACCCUAGACUUACCCCCUUCAUUGCGCAACCGGAGGUAAAUAGCGACUAUUAUUUAAUUCAUCAUUUCGAGCAUAAUAUAAGGAGUAAAUAAAUAUAGUUAUCCUUAGAGGAUUUCCCUGAACGAGAGUGUAUACGUAUGCGUGUACAUGUAAAAAGUGGCUUGCGAGGCUCAAUCGAAUGUGACGAAUGAAUGAAAGAAAAUAUUGUUUGAAGAAAUAAAAAAACAUCGCUAACUACCUAUGCUGUAAUUUUGGAUGAAAGCACAUUAUAAUAUUAUUAAAAAAAAAGCUCUGAACAAUAUAAUGCGAAGUAAUUAAUAUAUUUUACAAAAGAGCUGUUCGCAGACGCUUUUCAUGUUGAAGUAGGGACACGGCAGAGGUAGAGAUUAAAGCGCAGAGGCAACAACUUUUAUACGCCAAAAUUUAAAUUUGGAUUUCUAUUUUUCGACUUUGCGAUGAAAUCAAAUAUGUAUGCGUUUGGACUGGGACAUUUUGUCCACGACUGCUCUGCCUAACUCCUGCUUUCGUACAUUCUGCGACCCCCGAAAAGUCUGGUUUUCAUUGUCCCCAGAAAUCGAUAAUAAACUAAUGUCUGCUUGAUCGCAUUCCCUGUUUUUUCUGCUUCAGAUCCUUCAUUGCUUAUUUGAUUAAUCGAAAAAUUUGCAAAUUCAGUACAGGUGAUAAUUGGAUAUCGAAAAGGUCGAUCAAGGAGAUGCUUUUUCCAAAAUCUCAUAAAAUAUGGAUCUAAUUAAAAAAUUAUGUGCGUAAAGAUUGUAGGUAUAAUCGAAGCACAUAUUUUUUUGUAUAUACAAGUUUAUUCUAAAGUCAAUAUUCUUCAAGAAAUAGUCCAAAAAUGCUAUUUGUGAUGCAAGUGCGCAAAGCAGGUAAUUACUUGAUAUCAUAUAAAAAUAAAAGUCUUGUUUUCCCGCCUUGGUGCAUAAUAUACUAUCUCUCGUUUUUCUCGGAAAAUAUUAGUUUCAGAGAAAAAGUCUAAAGACGCAAAAUAUGUGCUUCGAUGAUUAAUUUAUCAAGUUUAAUUUCUCUGUGACCUUUUCGGAAGUAUACCCAAAUAAUUUACAACUUUCAUAUCGAAGCAUAAAUGGGAUAAAAGUGUAGUUUCAUAAAAAGUAAAUUAAGCGACUGUUAACUAGUGAUGUAUGGCUUUUUUUUAUGAAUAAUUUCAGUAUAUAAUUCUUAUUUAUUUUUACAGUAAUUAUAUUUAUCCUUUCAAAUGGCUCCUAAGAAUCUUUUAAUUUACACUUUUUAUUAUACACAUAUAGUUUAUACGAAUAAGUAUUAAAUUAAUCAGCUGAAUUUGUGGAUAAAAGCUGAGAAUGUGAUCAAGCGGUUAAAAACAUGUAUACUUUUUUACGACUGGUUUUCUAGCUGAAUUUUGGACUGAUAUAAUAUUAGAGUUAAUGUUGUUUAUAUCGAUCUAAAGAUGAUUUCUCUUGAUAUUAAAGUGUAGGAUUACUGUAGUCAAGUUGUGAUCUGUAUCUAUCAUUUAGAUUUACAUUAGGAAGGCAGCUAGACUUUGUAAAAACACUAUAAUAACGUUAAAAAUUGAAAUCAGUUUUGUUUUGUUCUCUGUUCCUAGAUAUUCUAAAUAUUUUUACAUGCAUGAAUGAAGUAACAUGCGACGUCGAUCAAUCAUAGUCGAUAUAUCCAUAGUGUAUUCCCUCUUUAAACUGACGUAUGACAGCAAUAAAAAAGAACACUGUGAAAAAUUUCUGUUUAUAAACUUCCAAUUCACUGAUAGAGGUUUAUUAACAAAACUCAAUGUAAUUUUACAUUACAUUACAUUUUCUAUUGUAAAAGUGUUGCAAAGUCACAAACUUUCUCAAGAGUGAAUCCUCGCGUAAGAUGACGGAAUCAAAAGAGAAGAUAAAGCGGACAAAAAAAACUUCUUAAAUUAACAGCUUCACUGUGAAAAUGUUUGUUCUACAAGCUCAGUUGGAUAACAAAAAUGUUUCCGUCAUGUUUCUGCGAGGGAUCAUUUAUCUUAGAGCUUCAUUUGCUCAAGAAAUUAAAAUUAUGCACUGAAUGCUUCGAUCAUCUCAUUCUAAAGAUUUUUACGCACUUGUAAAUGUCUGAAUCUCAAUUUGAUUAAUCUUAUUCGAUGUUGCGUAAAAGAAUGCACUAAAUUUAAUGAAACAUUCAGCUUAUAUAUAUAUAUAGAAAUUUUGGAUGCGGUCUUCUCCUCGAGAAACUCAAUUUUCAUUUGUUUAUAGGACACACGACCGCGUCCUUCUGUCACAAAGAACUGAAAUUCGUGAGACUGCCGUGGGAGCCUUAUAUUUGAAAAAAGACGUAAAAUUAAUUUUAAAAAUGUCUAGUUGAGUGUUGAAAAGGUCGGUUUCAAGGGGGCGAAUGGGGGUCGCGGAAUAUUGUAAUAUACGGUGACUGCACGAUCUAAAGUUACAGCCGCUCCGAAGUAUCUGCCCCACACGUUAUUAUUAAUUAAUGGAUUAAUUAAUUUCUACAUUGUGUGACUUUUGUAAUAUUAGACACAAAGUCUGUUCCCUCAACGGUAAAAAUAAUUACAUUGCAUCAAUCGCUGAAGACGAAAUCGAAUUUUUUCCAAAUGCGGUUCUUUUUCUACGAUUGAGAAUAAGAGACUACGUUUCUCUGACAUAUCUUAAAAUGAAAAAAAAAUAUUACAGUUUUAUUUUACAACUGUAUUUAAAAAUAUCUUUGAUAGUAAUCGAAUAUCUGUCUUCCUAGACUAUUCUCAAGAAUUUGAUCAAUUUUACAUUAUUAAAAUAAAGCGCGAUAAUUUAUCUAUUAUAUUGCAAAAUUAACGCGCACUGCCUUUUUAUCGUUGAGUAUAUUUAGGGACUAGUCAUUAUUAUGAAAAAAUAAGUUUCGACGUGAUUUUUUCUAUUGACAUUAUUACAAUUUCUAAAGCACUGCGGAAUAACCAAAAGAACGGUACCGUUAGUUAAUCCAUUAAAAAAACGUAAGAUUGCUUUUUUUUCCUUUAGAAACUAUUUAACUUUGAACGUGCGCUGCUGAAAUCGCGAAAUCGCUUUUCUUCAACGAAAAGUGCAUACAAAUCAAGAAAUGUAAAAACUUGACAAGGAUGAAAAAAUAAUUUGAGCAGCGCACGUUCGGCAUGUAAGAUUGACACCGCAAAAGCAUUCUGUAAACUGGAUUAAAAUAUUGUAAUGAGAAUACUUAGCGAAAUAAGGGCACGUCAAUAAAGAAUUCCGAAGUAAUGCGAACAUAUGUUGACUUUCAAUUUCAACUAAAACCACGCCAAAAUUUCUUUUCAGAGAAAUUACUUCAGCUUUUAAGAGUGGCCGUGCGGUCGCAGAGAC